AUGGUCGCAAAUGCUGCCCCGAUUGAAAAUUUCUUUCCACCAGAGCUCGUUGACUGCGUCAACAGGCUUUCACCUUUAGCAAACACUACUCAUCGAACGGCCUCAUUAUCCGUCGACCUCAAACAAAUGGAAGAUGCCAGUCAGUCCACUGCCGAACAAGAAGCAAUCGACUACGCGGGAACUGAUAUGCCCACACUGGGGACACCAGAGGAUGUUCAUCUGCACUGUAUCCGGCAGUUGGUGUGGAAAAAGGACAUGGUUCGAUGGGAAGACUACAAUAUCACAAAGACUGACAUAGACUUCGUUAACAGCCUUCUUGCAUCCAAUGGAGAGUAUGACACGUUCGCCCAGCUUCAUCGGGGCAUCGUAACGACUUCCGCCCACGGCGGUCCAAACUUUCUUGGGUGGCACAGAGUCUAUCUAGCAAUGUUUGAGGAGGCACUACGAAGAAUUGACGGGCAAGUUUCACUCCCAUAUUGGGAUUCCAUUCUCGACAACGAUAUGGAGAAUCCAGUAAACACAAUCUUGUUCUCACCGGCGUUCUUUGGAAACGGUGACAAACAGGUAACCUCGGGACCAUUCGCAAACUGGGUAACCCCUAUUGGUCCCUUAACAAGAAAUAUCAGUGGCCAAGGAAUGCUGUUUAACAAAGAGCAUAUCCGAAUGAUUAUGACGCGUUGUCGGGCUCGCGACAUCAUCGCUUCUGCUCCGUUAGUGUUCAACCUAGAUAUAAUCCACGGUGGUAUUCACCUUUGGGUCGGUGGACAGAUGUCCGGUCUUCCUACCGCUGCCCACGAUCCCGUAUUUUCCUCCACCACGCUUUUGUAG